AUAAUUAGUCGUGAAUUUGAGCAAUGACUAAUUAAUUGCAGCUCUUCAAAGCAAUGGAACAAGAACAAGGAAUAGCAUCCGCAAAAAAAGUGUGGGAAUCCGUGAAGUACUACACGGUUAAAUGCGCCGAAUGCUCGAAAUGGAGGCUCAUUCCAUCAAAGGAAAAAUACGAAGAAAUACGAGUAAAGAUCGAAGAACAGCUCGCGAGUGGCGGCCCGAAAUAUCGUGCAAAGACGAAUCCGAUGUCAAGCAAGACGGUACCAUGCGUUGGGCGAUGGACAGACCUCGGAUUCCCCAAACUCCUUCCGGAUGGCAACGAAUUUUAAGGAUCAGAGCCGAAGGAGGAACCAAGUUCGCUGACGUGUACUAUGUUGCACCGUCUAACAAGAGAUUGCGUUCUAUGGUUGAACUCCACAGGUAUAUAGACGAGCACCCAGAAUAUGCACAAGAAGGUGUAAGCAUCUCGCAGUUUUCCUUUCAACCGCCCGUACCGUUGGACGAGAAAUACAGUGCAAAGCGUCGAUCGGGCGUGUAUGGUGCAAUAGAGACGCAAAAUAACGACUCUGCUGCACCACAGACUCAAAAUUGA